CGCGCCGCACGGUCCACACGUUAGUGUCUGCAAUGUUAGCGACAAGUGGUGUUCGACGUUCCCGGGGAACGCUUUCUGUGGCCAAGCAGAGUAAACGACAUUUAGUGGAUGAAUCAUCGCCUGAGACGACACCGAAGAUGCAUCCGAAGAACCGUAGAGACGAAGCACUUGUGACGAGUCCAGCAGAGCAAGGGAACGUAGACGAGGAGCAAGCAUUGCUUUGUCCAGGUUUCGCAGAGGAAACAACCACCGCCACAUCUGUGCUUGGCAAUUUCCUGAAUGACUUCUUCAAAUGCUUCCUGCGGUAUGGGUCGUCAAGUUUACCCUCAUCUCCAAGAAGGCAGUCGCGUCAGACACGUUCACCCCAUCGAGAACCAGGUUAUUCUGAACGACACCCCUCCCAGGCAGGAGUUCCUCCAGCAGGACCUUCCACAGCGAACCCACUCAGCAGCUUCGCCGUCGAAGCAAGUCCGGCAACUCCAACAGCGGCGACAGGUGACAGCGCAGCGGCAACACCCGCGAGAACGGACACUAUUCUGGACAAGCCCUCGACGCAAAUAGCUAGUCUCACCUGCGUCUUGCUCGUAGGGGCCGCGGUCACACUCUUUCACACCGUGUACAUCCGUACCUGGCCCGAUACAUACGCUGGACACAUGAGGCACGAGUCCGAAUCACAAGAAACACGACCCCGUUAUUGGAAGGAGGACCAGUGGCGUCUGGCUGAUAUGUACCGAAAGACGAUGAACCGUGCAGUGGACCCCUGCACAAACUUUCAAGAGUUUGUUUGCGGGCGAAGUACUACACCGACACUCCAACGUUUGCGAUACGAUAUACAGAAAGUCGUCACGAAGGUACUCAAGCAGGUCGAGAUCGCCGCAUCCGAACAGACUUCGCUGGAGAAGGCGGCUGCAUUGUACAAACUUUGCAUGAAUGUGUUUACCCUACGACAGAACAGUCUGACGGAUAUGAGAAAGUUUAUGUCCAACAAUGGUAUUGAAUGGCCGACAUCUGACAACAGCAGCUUCCCUACGCUAGAGGGACUUCUGGACGUCCUGGUAGACCUCUCGUUAAACUGGUCACUUCAUCCAUUCUUCCGACUGUCCGUCGAACCCGAACCGACUCCGAACGGUCGGGUAGCUCUUCUACUUGUUAUCAGCCCGGAUAUGCAACAAUGGUCUAUUAAAAGGAAGGAGCUAUUGCGCAGGGGACUAUACCACGAUUUCUUAUGCCGUCAUGUGUCCGCGUACCUCGGCCGUGGCAGACAAGACGAGUUCGAGUCACUUGUGAGGGCCCUCCAACAUGCAGACACCCGCGUCGCAAGUGCUCUUUUCUACACCCGAAGCAGCGACGCCUUGACGUCACCCGUGCGCCUCUUAAAAGAAAACGAAGCCCCUCUGCCUCAGAUGCCGGGGAAUGUUUUUCGGAAAGCACUCCAGCGACAUUUCGACACCAACUUUACCAUCACAGCGGUCGACGCAAAUACACAGUUUUUGGAGCAACUCUCUUUCUUCCUGACUGACUCGCCGAAGAUCGCGCAGAACUACCUCGCUUGGUACGCCCUGCGAUAUCUGGGACCUGCUGCAUCACAUGAGAUCAUCUCGGCUUCCUUCAUUCUAGAGUCAGCUAACACAGUCACGGAACCUUCCUGGAGCCAUUUUUGUUAUACGGAGGUGCUCAGUGCAUUCCCACUUACAGUAGGGCUCGCGUACUCUCAAGGAGUAUCUACUAUCUCUACUGGACGCUCUGCCGUGACCAUUGCACGAACGAUCCAGAACAGCCUCGUCGACUUGCUCGUGGAGGACGAUAAGCAAGACCUUGCCCAACAGGUGCGGUCACUACGAAAGAUCAUUAGCCUCCCGAUUGCCCCGUCAACGUCGAAACACUUGUAUAAGAAUGUGCCCGACAUCACGGUGGGAGAAUCUUUCUUCAGAGCAUGGCUGAGGACCAGGAAGGCAACGGGAGACCAUCUCCGAAGUUUGCUGGGGCAGCUUACGAACGUCGACAUCCUGUCGCACCUCUUGGUGUCAGUCGAAGUGCGGCCUUUCUACUACGCCCCCUACCAUGCUAUUGUGAUUCCAGUGGGCGCUCUGCAGCAACCACUGUUUGGUGAAACACUUCCAGUGGCAAUCAACUAUGGCGCCUUCGGAAGAAUGGUUGCUAGGGUUAUGCUGGAGUCAGUUGCUACUCGAAGUCUAACAGCCAGUCGGAUAUGCAUGCGACGAGCCAUGGGUCUAACCUCCUUUACGUCACGGCGCCGUGAACUCGAAGUGGCCAUGAAGCUAACUGAGUCGGAGCUACCACUCUUGAGGGCUGUAGAGGAGGGGACGCCAGACCUAACGCAGAGGGAAGAGCGGCUCUUCGGAUUCCAGGAGUUCACGGCAGUGCAGGCCAUGUAUAUCGCAGGUUGCUACGCGACCUGUGGAGACCCGAUGUCUCGCUGUGAUGUGUUCUUGAAGCAAAGCGCCCGUUUCGCUCAAGUAUUCAACUGCAGCCAUCGAACAGCCAUGAACCCCCAAGAGAAGUGUGCGCUCUGGUGACGCCAUAUUAACUGUGCAUGGCCAUGUUACAGAUCAAGGCCUUCAACAUGGACGACAUGCUACGUAAUUGUUCUCUUUAUUUUAAGAGAAUUCUGAGAUAGUAUACUAGUUGGUAUGGUAGACUCUAGUCAACCAGUACCAAAUAAAACGUUAUCGUUAAACUGGA